AUGAUCAUGAUACGAAGACCAAUUAGACCUGGGACUAGGACUGCCCCCCCUGACGAUGGUGUGCUAUACUUACCACACUGGUUUGAACCAUCGGAUAGAGACGUCAUUUGUGGUUGGGCAAAGCAGAACCAUUUUCAUGCCGGAAACACCAGAUUUCGUCAGCUAGUCGAACUGACUGCUCCAUUGUACGAUGCUGCUCAGACGAAGCAAGAGAAGACAAAGGUGAUAGCUUCCUUAGUUAAUCGUAUUCGACGCGAGAGUCCUCAGGGGGGAGGUUUCAUCAAACGUGAUACAAUCACUGGUUUGUGGUAUGAAAUUGGGGAUGACAAAGCAAGGGACAAGGUUGGACAUGCAAUCAGAAGAGUCAUUGACGAGAAGACGAAGAAAAAGAGAAACGUCUCAUCUCUUGCCAAGCUGGCAUCCCCAAGCAAGCAAGGGCCAGCCACAGCAGAAAAAGCGAUCGAUUCGUCACUACCGGCAGAUCCAUCAGAUGCCAAACCAAUGACGAAAACGCUGAGUAUGCAAAUGAAAAGGGAUCCGCUCCCGGUGUUGGACACCACGCAGACGGUAGCCUCUUUACCACAAAAUCAACGUCCAGAUCUCCUAGGCAACAAUGCUGCUGCAUCGCUAGCUCUAUCGCAUAUUGCAGGACCUCUUCCUGGUCCAUUACCAAUGAACUACUCUUUGCUACGAAGCGGAAUGGCUCUGAGUCUGGAUAGCAACACUCAAUCAAUCCCAUCAAGCUCGUACAUUGGUGGAAGCGGGGGUCGAAUUGUCGAUCCUCCUCAUCUAAGUGGUUUCGGGGAUCUUUCCUCCGGGGAUGAGUAUAAUACCAUGAACAGUGCGGCAAUUCAACUUCAACGACAAAGUUUGGGCCUGUCGUCAGACUUUGGGUCUGCAAGUCUUUUCAGGUUGUUGAGUCAGCCAGAAGCGAGUUUACAAGACCAGCUUCGUGACCUGUCAGGUUCAACGACCAGUCGCCACCACCAGAAUCAGAUAAUACCGAAUACUUUUGGAAUCUCAAAUGUUUUGACUUCGCAGCAGUCGGGUUCCGGUACACCUUUCCUUCCUUCAAACGACGCAGCGAUGGACCAAUUCUUGUCUACCCUAGAUCCUACGCCCAUUGGUCCGCGUGCAACCAAUGAUGCUUCUUCUACAGACAAGGAGGACGUCAAAUGGAAAUCAAUGUAA